UGAUGGGGCUAUAAAAGUUUGAGUCCACUUGCACCUUGGGCACCUUGUCCAGCUGAUCUCUCUCCAGGGGUUGCACCAGAGGUCCUGCUCACCAUGAAGCUGCUCUUCCAGACGCUGUGUCUCUGCCUGGCCCUGGGCCUCGCCGCAACCCAAUAUGAUCGGAUAGCAAAAGCUCUCCAUCUCCCUGAGGCCCACCAUGAUGCUAAACUGGAUCGCUGUGAGGGACUGGAGUUUGAUGCCAUUGCUCCAGAUGAGAGUGGAGUCAUGCUCUUCUUCAAGGGUGACCAUGUGUGGAAGGGCUUCCAAGGGCAACCUGAGUUGAUAAACUCCUCGUUUAAGGAGCUGGAAGACCAUCACCACCUGGGCCACGUUGAUGCUGCCUUCCGUAUGCACUAUCCAGAUAACACUGAUCAUCACGAUCACACGUUCUUCUUCCUGGAUGACACAGUCUUCAGUUAUUACCAGAAGUCCCUGGAAAAGGGCUUUCCCAAAGACAUCUCAGAGGUGUUCCCUGGGGUUCCCAGUCAUCUGGAUGCAGCAGUAGAGUGCCCUAAAGGAGAAUGUGUGACUGACUCUGUUCUCUUCUUUAAGGAAAACCAAGUGUUCCACUAUGACACCAGGACCAAGACAGUGAAAACCAAGGUGUGGUCCCACUUGCCCAACUGCACCUCCGCCCUCCGCUGGCUCGAGCAUUACUACUGUUUCAGUGGGCACGAGUUCACCCGCUUUCACCCGGUCACGGGCACGGUGGUGGGCGAGUACCCAAAGGAUGCCCGCAAGUACUUCAUGCGCUGCCCCAACUUUGGCCACGGGAGCAAUCACACAUCGCAAGAUCUCUGCAAAAACACCCGAGUGGAUGCCAUCACCUCAGAUGACUUGGGCAAGGCUUAUGCAUUCAGAGGUAAUCUUUACAUGAGGCUGGACACACACCGGGAUGGCUGGCAUUCUUUCCCCAUCAGCAACACUUGGAAGGAAGUGAGUGGGGAUGUGGACGCUGUCUUCACCUACGAUGGAAAAGUCUACAUCAUCAAGGGAGAUCAGGUGUACAUUUAUAAAUCGGGUCCGGGUUAUGCCCUCAUUGAAGGGUACCCCAAAAGCUUGAAAGAGGAGCUGGGGGUGGAGGGACCUGUGGAUGCAGCUUUUGUCUGUGGGGAGCAUGAGAUUGCACACGUUAUCAAAGAUGAUAAGAUGUAUGAUAUCGAUCUGACAGUGACUCCCAGAGUCAUAGAUAAAGAGGCACUCCUACCCUUCAAAAAGGUGAAUGCUGGCAUGUGUGGUCCAGAUGGGGUGAAGAUCUUUGUGGAUGAGGACUUCUACCGUUAUGAGACGCCUCAAGUCCUGGCCUUCAGCAGAAUCCGCCCAGAGCCACACAAAAUCUCUCGGGAAUUUCUGGGCUGUGAACACUAGGGGGCGCAGCAAUCACACACAGUUAUAUCCAGAGCAAGAGAUAGAGAGAGGGAGUGAGAGAUAGAGAGAGGGAGUAAGAUAGAGAGAGGGAGUGAGAGAUAGACGGGAAGUGGGGAGCAUAAAAAUAGAGCGAUGACAUUUAUUUAAAUUCAUUUUUAAAGGUGAGAAGAAAAAACGAACUGCACUGCAAUGUGCUUUCACAUUAGUAUUGAUGAUUAUGCGACUUUGCUACCUGCUACAUUGUCUUUUCAGGACACUGACGCCUGCAGUAGUCAUUGUUUGAGUUUUAAUCCAAACUGUAUGAGACUGGUUUCAAACAGUAUUAAACAUGGCUCUCCCACUGGUUUCAAUAAAGAGAAUAAAAAAAAUGAAUGAAGCAAUACGGAUUUUUGUACUUGAUAGCUUUCCAUUGUAAAUGAAUUAGGGUGAAUUACCCCCCAUUUGGUAGAGGUAGAGUUAAUGUUUUAUUUUAUAUUUUAAGUAUUUUUUUUUACAUUUUCAGUAGUUAUUAGAUAGUGUUACUUGAAACACAUCACUGACACUUUUUAUAAAAAAAAUGUAAACCUGCAUACACAAGGUUAAACCUGCAAGGUUAAAGAUAUGAAACAGUAAAUACAUAGCCUAUACUUAAUUUAAAUCUGGUCAUAAACUAUGGUCUCAUGGAGCUUUACAGACAAUGGAUGUACCUGAUUAAUAGGUUACUGUUUUACGAAUUGAGUUCCACAGCAGCAGUAAAUGUAAUUGACACUAUUUUCCCUAUGUUUUUUUUUUAUUCUAUCCAAGCUUUAAUUACUUCUGUUUAGCCAGGAAUUCACACAUUUCUGGACCUCUCAACCAGCUGGUAGUGUGUCAAGGAAAGUAACAACGUGUCAGAAUUGAGUAUAGAGACCAUAUACGAGUAGGAAGAAAAGUUAUAACUUAAAAAAUGUCAACUGCUGGCAACCGUGUUGGCCAAAACUCAUUCGAAAAUUGUGAAAUAGAUGCCAUCUUGUGUUUUCUGUUGUAAUUGCUCCAUAUUAAACCCUCCGUCCUUGCUUA